CCGUCUUGCUAAUUCUGACAUUCCCCGAAUAACUCGCCUUCUUCUCCACGAAACCUCUCGAACUCGCACUCGCACUCCACGCUCUCGAGCGCACCAAUUGAGCUUCUCUCCCGCUCGUCUCGUCAUCGCCGACUACCUAACAUAAACCGUUCACGAUGCUGCGCACAUCAGCCUCCAACCUGCUGCGCAAGAGCCUGGUGCGCAGCACUCCCGCCCUGGCCUACCGAGCUGCCUCGACUCACGCCAUCUCUAACCCGACCCUCGCCAACAUCGAGAAGCGAUGGGAGGGCAUGCCUCUCCAAGAGCAGGCCGAGCUCUGGAUGGCUCUGCGUGAUCGCAUGCAGUCCAACUGGACCGAGCUGACCCUCCAGGAGAAGAAAGCUGCUUACUGGAUUGCAUUCGGUCCUCACGGUCCCCGCGCUGUCGACCCCCCUGGAACCGGUGCCCGCGUCGCCUGGGGUGUCUUCAUUGGUCUCGCCGCCAGUGUCGCUCUCUUCGGUACUAUCCGUGCUUUCGCCAAGCCCGCUCCCUACACCAUGACCCAGGAGUACCAGGAGGAGACCAACGAGUUCCUCAAGAACCAAAAAUCCGAUCCUUUCACUGGUAUCACCUCUCCUGGUUAUGCUGGCAAGGGUAUGGUCCAGUCACCCCCCAAGGGUAACUAAAUUCAAUACACAAUAUCGUUUCCUUUGUGAUAGAAGCUGGAGUGACUCUACGGAGACGUAUUGAUGUGUAAAGGGCCUCUGGUGCGCAUGGACAUGACCGGAGGUUUCGCGGUCGCUCCAGAGAUAUCAAGUCCUCUUGGUGUAAAUACUGUACUACAACAACGAAACCCGAGUCGAGUCAUCUGUUUGAUUGAAUUUGUUCGCUUGCCUAUCUCUGUGGGGGCAUAACCCGAAGCUUUGCCUGACCAUUCUGUCGACAUUAAAUCCAGUUAAUCAAAAUAGUAAUUGCUCCAAUAAGCCUCCUAAAGGAGGAAAGAAAACUUAAGACCUUAAUCAUAAGUAAUAAAAAGACUUGGGUAACUUGAUAUAAGGUUAGGAUAAGGUUAGGAUAAGUUUAGGAUAAGUUUAAGAUAAGUUUAGGAUAAAUUUAGUAUAGACUUGGGAUACCUUUUGCUCCUUGAGGGCCUCGUCCAAUAAAUAAUAGUGAAGUUAGCCACCGCUCUGUCCUGCUUCUCGAUACU